AUGGCAGACUAUGAAGCCCACCACCAGAGCCACCACCACCACCAGCAACAAAUCCCAAAAGAAACAGCUUUCCAAGCUAUAAACACCAUAAUCCAACUCCACUUUGAGAAAACCCUUGAGAAGAAAAGAGCAAUAGACCUCCAAAAGAAAGAACUUCACAAACUUUUCCUUCUCUUCUUCAUCUUUCUCUCUCUCAUUUUCAUGGCUGAAGCUCAACCUAAUCGCCUUCAAUGCCGCCACUGUUGGGCGCCCAUUACUCUCAUCUCUUUAUCACACCUCAUCUUCUAUGUCUCAGUGGCUCAAACCCUUAGAUGCAUCAAUGGUUUCAAGUACCAAAGAAGGUGUCACAAGCUAACUCUUGGUUUAGCCACUGAGAAGUUAAGGGAGUUGAAGACGAGAGUAGCUAGUGGCAGUGCUGAUCAGUAUGGUCAUGAUCAAGUUGUUAUUAGUGACGAGGGUGAAUUUGAGAUUCAUUAUCAAGAACCACCUGAGAGUUACUUUGGUAAGUUUAAGAGGAACUGGGCUUUGCAUUUUGGGUUCUUGAUCUUCAUCUAUGGCUUCAUGGUUGCUUCUUCAGUUGUUCUUCUUUGUUUUUAG